GCAAAGGUACCAAAGCCGCCUCCACAGUUCCCCAGCGGAGCUGCUGAACGCGCCGCGUCCUCCAGCGCUCCGGGAACACACGGAUUAAUUCCUGAUGACUCUGCCGGGUGUCACCCAGCGGCGCCCAGAACUCGGAGCGCUCCCUAACCCCGCGGGGCAGCGGGGACCCAGCGCCCUGGCCGCCUCGGGCGCCCCGGCAGGGUGCGCGCCAGGUCCCAGGCCGGCGCCGGGCCCCAGGACCCUUAUCUUCGUCUUGGGUACCCUGCUGCUGGGCCCAGCUGCCUCAGCCAUGAUCAUCCGGCAGGAGAGAGUUCACCAGCAGUUAGCGGCCCCACAGAUGUCCACCAAGUGUCCAGCAGGAUACCAUGUUUCAGAAGACAGUAGAAGUUGUACACCAUGCACAGAUGGAGUGGAUUAUACCAGUCACAAGAAUCUGUUCUCUUCCUGCUUACCGUGCUCUACAUGUAAAUCAGAUGAAGAACGAAUAGCUGACUGCACCAGAACUGAGGACACACAGUGUCGGUGCAAACGUGGCACUUUCCACGGAGAAGAUUUCCCCGAGGUCUGCCAGACCUGCCGCAGCAGGUGCCCUGAUGGGAUGGUUGAGGCCGGUCCCUGUACCCCCUGGAGUGACCUCAAGUGUGUCCACCAAGGAUCAGGUACCCAGGCCAGUGGGGAGGCCCCGGUUCCUGGAGAGCCAGUGACCGUGGGGCUACCCACUACUCCCUCUCGCUCCUCAGGCAAUCCAUGGCCGGUGAUUGGGAUUGUAGCUGUGGCUGUGGCUGUGGCUGUCCUGCUGCUGGGGCUGACUGUGUAUCUUUACCAGAGGUGCAUCCUUCAAGGUUGUGAAGUGGACGCCAACUGCAUAAACAGAGUCUUUUUCCUGCGCUCCUGUCCCCCAAGAAGACCUGAGGCUCUGGACAACGCCUACAACGAGACCCUGAACAACAGAGAGUCGUCGUCCACCCUGGUUUCUGAGCAGGAACUGGAAGGCAAGGAGCAGGCAGAGCCGACAGGUGUCAGCGCACAGUCCCCAGGGGAAGCAGAGCAUCUGCUGGGACCUGCAGGAGCUGAAGGGUCUCAGAUGAGAAGGAGGCUGCUGGUUCCAGCCAACGGUGCAGACCCCACUGAAAGCCUGCAGCUGUUCUUUGAUUACUUUCCAAGAAUUGUGCCCUUUAAGUCAUGGAAACGCUUGAUGCGGCAGUUGGGUCUCACACAAAAUGAGAUCGAUGUGAUGGAAGCUGAAAUCACGAGCCAUCAGGAUGCCUUGUAUGAAAUGCUGACGAUCUGGCUCAAGAAAACAGGGCGGAGUGCCUCUGUCAACACCCUGCUGGAUGCCUUGGAAACACUCGGGGAAAAAUAUGCAAAGGAGACAAUUCAGGACCACCUGUUGGCCUCCGGAAAGUAUGUCUAUGAGGAAGGUGGGGCAGGCUCUGCUGUGUCCUGAGUAUCAAAGAAUCUCUUUAGGAAACUAGGGGUUCCCUAGUGUACCUUCUCUCCUGGAAAAGACACGAUUGGACACAUGCCUAGUUCUUGACCAAUACUUGAAGAAACUCUACCAUCCGAAAGCAUAGAGCUCUUGGAAUGUUCUAGCACUUUUUCAAAGUAGGUGGAAGAAUUUUUUUUACUUAUUUAUUUUUUGGUGCGGAAGAUAGGCCCUGAGCUAACAUCUGUGCCACUCUUCCUCUAUUUCGUAUGUGGAAUGCCACCACAGCAUGGCUUGAUGGCUGUGUGUAGGUCUGCACCUGGGAUCCAAACUCAUGAACCCCGGACCACUGAAGUGGAGCACGCUAACUUAACCACUAUGCUACAGGGCUGGCCCCAGGUGGAAUAAUUUUUAUGAAAUGUUUGGUAUAAUAAGCAACCUGUGGAAAUGCCACGUCUAAUGCGAUUCUAUGCAGAGUGUAGUUGUCUGUUCAUAUACAUACUGAGAGGAGUUGUUUUAGGAUAUCAUUCUUUUUCGGUUAAUGCCACUUUUUAUCCUAAGAGAACUGUGCUUUUUACUUGUAUUUGUUAUGUUGUAAGAUGCAGUCGUGUUCAUGUGUAUGCAUUUAUUUAUGUCUAUUUUAUGUGGCAUUUUUGUAUUUUUAUAUUUUUGUAUAUAUUUAUAUGAGCACGGAAACCCUUUUAGAGCGGUA